AUCUUCUUCUUCCACCAACCCAACUCCCAGCCCCCAUCUCUAUAAGCUUAAACUCUCUGCCUGUGGGCAACAGAAUCUAGAAGGCUAAAACCAUGAAGCAAACCCUUCAUUACAAAGCUCUUCUCCUCUUCCUUCUUGUCCUUGUUCAUUCCUCAAAAUUAUCUGCGCGUUUCCUAUUAAGCAAACAAGGGAAAGAGGAUUUGAACCUGAAAGAAAUCACCAGCGAAGGGACUUUUGCGCAAACGGAGGACAGUGAAUUGAUAACGAAUCAGCUAAUGGGGUUAGAGGUGUGUCGUGGUGGAGACGAGGAAUGUUUCAAGAGAAGGAUAAUUGCAGAGGCUCACUUGGACUAUAUCUACACCCAGCAUCACAAGCCCUGACACUUCAACUUCAUAAAUUGAAUUAAGUGUCAUGGUUUUCCAUGUCCAACUUAGGUCUAAAUCCCCUACAUAUUUUAUAUAUAUAUACGCUAUAGUCUUCUCCUCAAAAUGACAACAACAUUAAGUGCAGCUAUGUCCAGUUCAACGCACAUCUCUCUUUGUAAUGACGAGUCUACCUAUGUUAGUCUAUGUUUUCUUAGUACUGCUGUGGUAUUGACCCCAAGUGUUCACCAGAGAAAGAGACAGAGAGGAAAAAAUUGCAAUUUCAGUGAAGGAAAAUGUAAACCACCAGUCUUUUUCUGAACAGAGAUUUCUGUGUGUGCUUCAUAAUGUUACUAUACAAUUAAGUGCAAUUAAAGCUUAUUUCUAUGUA